AACAAGGGGAAUGACUCGGGAAUAAACUUUUAAUCCCUAAAACAUCAUUCAUGGUACCACGAGGAAGUGUUUUUAAAAGUUGCUUUUACAACUGAACUCUUAAAAAGCAAAAUUAAACACACAAAAAAGACUCAGAUUUUAACAGACUCAAAGGAUAUAGAUGUCCACGAGCGUUGGAGGACGUGGGGCUUUAAUUUGUAGAAUUAGGUCGGCCUUUUUUUAUUAAUUCAGAGUAUAAGCUACAGAGAAUCAAUGAAUGGAUAGUAUGUUGUGAAGCUACACUGUGCUCCUGUGACUCUAAAGCAGCGCUGCGCCUUUAAAUAUGUGCGCUCCUCCCUCUCCUCAGUGACAAGCCCGCAGAGCCUCUUUAACGCAUCCAGUGGAAAUGACAAACCAGAGGCGCACCACGGGCCAAGCAUGUCCAGUAAUAACAAUAAGCAUGGGCUUUAGCAUCAUCGGCUCACCCGGCUCUCACAUCCCGAGAGAGUAACGAGGUUCAUUUGGGCCGUUUCGUCGCUCUGCGGACGCGUCAAAGUUGGAGCGAGCUCACCGAAUGGACGGUCGAUGGACUGGAGUCAAACCUCCGCUUCAAUCGGACUGAAGGAAAGAGGGAAAGAAACCUCUGCAUGUUCAAGUUUCCUGCUCCCACCGGAGGGGCAUCGCUGCGUGUGUGUUGGAUGUGUGUGCGCGCGUGUGGAAGUGUGUGUUGGGUGCGUUGCGCCCUCAGGAUCAGCGGCAGGAGCAGCGGUGGCGUUGGUGGUGGUGGCCGCGGGAAGGGAAGUUUAGCGCCGUGAUUUUUUUUUUCUUCUUUUUUUUUUCUUUUCCUUUCCUCUGUUCUGUUGUGUUGUUCUCAUGUCACAGCAGGCGACGGGGGGAUUAACGUUUCACUGAUGAGAAUUAAUCACUCGUGGGGAUGCUCUGUGAUCGUGACUAUGACGAUGAUGUCGAGUAAGAGCGUGGAGUGGCUGCAGGAGGAGCUGGAGUCCGGGGCCAGCUCUCUGCUGUUGCUGGACUGCAGACCCCAUGAGCUGUACGAGUCCUCGCACAUCGAGUCGGCCAUCAACCUGGCCAUCCCGGGCCUCAUGCUCCGGAGACUGAAAAAGGGGAACCUCCCCAUUCGCUCCAUCAUCCCCAACAACGAGGACAAGGAGAAAUUUGUAAAGAGGUGCAAGACGGACGUGGUGGUGCUGUACGACGAGGCGACCUCGGAGCGGCAGGAGUCCGGGCUGGGAAGCUCCGUGCUUGGGCUGCUCCUGCAGAAGCUCCGGGACGACGGGUGCAAGGCUUUUUAUCUAGAGGGAGGCUUCAACAAGUUCCAGUCAGAGUACCCAGAGCACUGCGAGAUCAAUUUGGACUGCUCCUGUCCCAGCAGCUCCCCACCAGCCUCCGUCCUCGGUCUCGGAGGGCUCCGCAUCAGCUCCGACUGCUCAGAUGGGGAAUCGGACCGCGAGCCGGGCAGCGCCACAGAGUCGGAGGGCAGUCCGCUCCCCAACAACCAGCCAGCGUUCCCCGUCCAGAUCCUGCCCUACCUUUACCUGGGCUGUGCCAAAGACUCCGCCAACCUGGAUGUGCUCAGCAAGUACAAUAUCAAGUACAUCCUGAACGUGACGCCCAACCUGCCCAACAUGUUUGAACACGAAGGGGACUUCAAGUACAAACAGAUUCCCAUCUCCGAUCACUGGAGCCAAAACCUCUCUCAGUUUUUCCCUGAGGCCAUUUCUUUCAUAGACGAGGCGCGCUCCAAAAAGUGUGGCAUACUGGUCCACUGCCUGGCCGGGAUCAGCCGCUCCGUCACCGUCACCGUGGCUUACCUGAUGCAGAAGCUCAACCUGUCGCUCAAUGACGCCUACGACUUUGUGAAGCGGAAAAAGUCAAACAUUUCCCCGAACUUCAACUUCAUGGGCCAGCUCCUUGACUUUGAGCGGACGCUAGGUCUCAACAGCCCCUGUGACAACCACUCGAACUCGCCGACGCACGACCAGCUCUUCUUCACCACCCCGACCAAUCACAACGUGUUUCAACUGGACACCCUAGAAUCCACAUGAAAAUGAGAGUCUCAGUUUCAUGUGGAUUGCCCCCAUUGCAACUUACGAGGAUUUGGGGUGGGGGGCAUGGUGGUAUGGUUACCAUGUCUGCAAGUGGCUGCACUGCAGGAGAGCAGAGUUUUAAUGAAUGUUUUAGCCUCUUGAGGCUCGUUGUCCGAGAUCCUGACCAUGGAGCAGCGUUGACGUGUCAGGAGGAGUCAUGGAUGCCACGUUAAAGGGUUUUGGGGGGUUUUUCAACCCAGAGAAGGAUGCUGUGGGUUAACAAAGCUGUUCUUCCUUAACAGCUUGUAAACGAAGAAUGAGGGAGGUUUAACUUGACUGAGAAACUAAAUGAUUGCAGCAGGACAGAAAGCUUAAUACAAAGAUAGGAACACGGAAAAUCUUUAGUGCUUGAUUUAUAAGAUGACUGCAUCCUCCUUGUCUCGGCUCUCGAGCCGAGGUGACUGGUGCCAAGUGGAAAAGCUGGGAUUUACUCAUAGGAAAUCUCACUCUACUGAAUGUAGAGUUUUUAAAAACCAAGGAAUUAACUCUCACACACACACACACGAUAUAAACACAGUAUGUAUGUUUGUACUGUAUGUAUGUUAACGUACAUAGCAGAAAAUGUAUGGGCAGUCCUUAACAAAUUCAGUAUGUCUAUAUGCAUUUUUGUAUAUUUUCUAUGUACAUUUACGCACAGAUCUAUACCUUAUAUAUAAAUAUAUUUAUCUCAAGCCAUAUAAAUAAUGGCUUAAGAGAUUGUAAAAUUAAAGUGGAAUGGGUUUUUAGAUGGUCUUUUUUUUUAAGUUUUGUUUUUUCUUUAGGUUUAUGACCUAAUGCAGUUUGCACAGUGGUGUAGCCAUUGACUUUGUUGGCCUGUGCUGGAAGCAGUCAGAUAAAGAGACAUUCAGAGAAGAGGAGCGGAGAGGUCAGUCCCAGGCUGCGACGAGUCCUGACAGCUGCACGGCUCAGCGGGGAGGGAGCAAAAACUGGGCCCUGAGCAGAGGAGCAGGGAUAGGGGUUAAAACAAGCAGCAGGCUGGAAGUAGGAAUUGAUUCACGGCUGGAGAUGGGAGAAAUUACUCCUGCGUGUUUGACACUUGGCCAACUGUUUUCGAGCGCAUUUCCCAGUUCCUUCUUCCUUCCCUAUAUGACUGUUCAUCCAGUUGUUUCAGUCAGCUGUUCUGAAGAUUUUAAUCAUUUGUUUCGUUUCGGUCAAAAAGUCAGUUUCGGUCAAAGUUCCUCAGUUAUUGAUUUCAUCAACACAGUUGUUCCACCAGCACGUUUUGCCAAAAAGGGUUACUCGGUUAGAGGUUACGGAUCAGGGACAGGAAGUCAGUAUUAACAUUUCUGGGUCACUGAGGUACUUUUUGGGCAGAUCAAAUGUAUAACCUGCACCCCAAAGUUUUGUUGGCCUAUGUUAGCUUCUUGUGUGUUUCAGGACCGAGGGUGGGGGGUCGGGUCGGGGCUUUACUUUGGUCUUUGUGUUUGGAUUCUGGUCUGGUUGACUGGGACUGGCUUCCGCUAGACUUCACUUACUUCAGCAGUUUCACGUCCCUUAACAGCGUUGGAGGAAAUUGAGAGGAAAGGUCUUUCUAAAAACGAAAAAAAGAAGGGAUCACUCGUUUUGUCAAAGAAAGCUUUGUCCGAGUUGAUUCACCCUUAAGCCUUGGGUAUAUUAUUAUAUGAAAGCUAUAUUAAACACAAAUGAAUAUUAAA